UGUUUAGUGUUUCUGCGUCUAUCCCUAAUAACCAAAACCUAAGACACGAUUACAAUAGAUUAGUUUCCACUCAUCCCAUGUCGUUGGUCUUUCCCUCCAAUUUCUAGGGUUUAUCAUAUCAUAUAUAUUUUUAUGUUAUUAAAUUAAAUGGCUGGCGCCGGCGACCUAGAUGCCGAUGCAGUGCUCAGCGACGUCGAGGACGAUGGCGGAGAUCCGAUUCCGAUCGAGACGAAGCCUCCCUCACCGGAAGACGUCUCCGUCGAGAAGCUCCGGGAGGUUCUCGCAGAGCUUGAUCGGGAGCGAGAGGCGAGACUCGCUGCCGAGAAUUCGAAGUCGGAAUUGCAGGUUUCGUUCAACCGAUUGAAAGGGCUGGCUCAUGAGGCUAUUAGGAAGCGCGACGAGUUCGGGCGUCAGAGAGACGACGUCGUUCGGGAGAAAGAGGAGGUGGCGAAGCAGCUUGAGGAGGCGGCGAAGGAGCGUGACGCUCUGAGAUCGGAGAUUGGGAAUUCAAGCCACAUGCUGGUGACCGGCAUGGAGAAGAUCUCGGCGAAAGUGAGCAGUUUCAGCGGCAACAACGUGUUGCCACGGUCGCAGAAAUACACAGGCAUGGCGGCGGUGGCGUACGGUGUUAUCAAGAGGGCGAAUGAGAUUGUGGAAGAGUUGUUGAAACAGAAUGAUGCAACUGUCAAGUCAAGGAACGAGGUUAGGGAACAGAUGGAGCAGAGGAAUUACGAGAUUGCCAUUGAGGUUUCUCAGCUUGAAGCAACCAUUAGUGGCUUGAGGGAAGAGGUUGCCAAGAAAGAUUCUCUUGUUGAGGGUUUGGAGAGGGAUUUGGCUGAUAGGGAUGAGAAGAUGAACGAGAUUUCGGAGAAUUUAAGUAAGGAACAAAAUGAGGCUUUGCAGUUGAAGGAGUUUGCUGGUGAGUGUCAGGACAAGUUGAGUGAGUUUGAAUCUAAGAUGGAAUCCCAGAGGCCUUUGUUGAUUGAUCAGUUGAGUUUCGUGUCCAAAAUUCAUAAUCAGAUUUUCAAUGUUGUUAAGAUAAUCGAUGAUGGGGGUAACUCUGAAUUGUCUGAAUCGUUGUUUGUCCCGCAAGAAACGGACAUUGAGGAGAGUAUACGUGCCUCUUUGGCUGGGAUUGAAUCCAUAUAUGAGUUGACUAGGAUUGUUGUUCAAAAAGUUAGGGAUGUGAUUGAGGAGAAGAAUCGUGAGAUCAAGAGUUUGGAUGAGACUGUGAAUCGGUUAGUUAGGGAAAAGGAUCAAAUUGGUUCUUUGCUUAGGAGUGCUUUGUCAAAGAGGAUGACAUCUGAUCCAUCUUCUAGAAAAAGUGAGUUGUUUCUAGCUGCAGAGAAUGGGUUGAGGGAAGCUGGGAUAGAUUUCAAAUUUAGUAAGCUUCUUGGAGAUGGAAAGGUUGCAGCUUCAAAUGACAAGUCAGGCAUGACAGAAAAAGAGGAGGAUGAAAUAUACUCUUUGGCUGGUGCGUUGGAGGAUGUUGUUAAAGCAUCUCAGCUUGAGAUCAUUGAUCUGCAGCACACUGUGGAUGAAUUAAGGGCAGAGUUGAGUUUACUUAAGCAGCACAUAGAAGCUCAGACCAAAGAGCUCAACCAUAGAAUGCGACGGAUAGAGGAACUUCAAGAGAAGGAGAGAGUGGCAAAUGAAAAUAUUGAGGGGCUAAUGAUGGACAUUGCUGCUGCUGAAGAAGAAAUUAACAGAUGGAAAGUGGCAGCAGAGCAAGAAGCUGCUGCGGGCAGAGGUGUUGAACAAGAAUUUGUGGCACAGUUGUCAGCACUUAAGCAGGAAAUUGAAGAGGCAAAGCAGUCCAUGUUAGAAUCGGAGAAGAAACUAAAAUUCAAAGAAGAGACCACAGCUGCUGCCAUGGCAGCCAGAGAUGCAGCAGAGAAAUCUCUUAAGUUGGCAGACUUGAGGUCUUCUAGACUAAGGGACAGAGUAGAGGAGCUUACUCAUCAGCUCGAAGAGUUCGAGAACAGGGAAGACUCAAGGGGCCGAAGUAGACCUAGAUAUGUGUGCUGGCCAUGGCAGUGGCUCGGCAUGGACUUUGUUGGAUUUCAGCAGCGGCCUGAUACACAACUGGAGGCUUCUAAUGAAAUGGAGCUUUCCGAACCUCUCUUAUAAUUGCACCUUUUCUUUUCUUUUUUAUUUUCUUUUGUGUAUUUAUGUUGAUUUCUUCAAUUUUAUGUCACAAAAUUGUAGUUAUAGCAUCAACCCCUCCACCAUCUCUUAAUGCAGCAACAUGGUGUUGGUCAACCAUUAUCAUAUUGCUCGAGUAACUUGCUAUUACAAUCUGGUUGUCCUGUACGAUCCUUUCUUUGAAGCAAUUCACACACAUUGU